CUGCGUCGUUCUCUCACUUAAGCUCGGGUUUUCGUCCAUCGCAAUCUCUCGCUGCGAAUUUUAGGUCACAGCUGAUGAGCGCAUGUGUUUGUUAGUGAGCCCAGCGGGUUGUGCACAAUUUUCGUCGUCGUCGUGGAGCUGCGAAGUGGAGGAAGUCGUGGUUGUCGAUGCGCACAGCGUGAAUUUCUCCAUGACCAGUACAUUUACUCUACCGUGGUUGCAAGUUUCCUUCGCUGAAUCAGUCAUUGUUUGUGAUCGCAUCUUUCGUAGGUCCGAAGGAGGUUUCUGUGUGUCCCAAAUUUACGCAGGUUUUGCGUCUAGGCGAUGUCGGUUUGUACUGUUCCUGAAGUUUUCUUCUAUGUGCUGGUAAUCUUGUCCACUAUGUAUCGAUACCUAUCCACAACAUACAAUUACUGUCAGCGAAUACCCCGUCAUGGCCUUGUUUGCUCUUUUUUGCCCCCUUGUUUUUUUCGAAGGACUUGAGGCGUCGUGCAUAGCAUGGUUGUCUCUAUAUUUAUGUUGUGAAUGUUUUACUUCACUCGUGUGCUUGUUUUCUUGAAUCGUUGCAGUUGUAGUGUUUGAUUAUGCUGGUCGUGGGUUAUAAUAGUCGUCUUCUGCUCCUUGAUGUGCAAUGCGCGGCUUGCAGCAUGCGAUCGAUUUUUAUGACUAGUGUUUAGGUGGAUUUGUGUAUGAAAUCUGUGUCAUUAGGGAUUAGAGGUGGAGAGAGGGUCUGGGCGAUCUCGAUAAUCGAAGAUUAAGGACAACAUCUGGAAGUUUGGAUGUUGUGAUGCGUGUGGGAGAUGGCAAACAGGCCAUUUUGUGCAACAUGGCCGCCACAACAACCCCAUCCUCCGCCUCAUCAUCGGCCUCAGGGCCAGAAUGCAGCUGCAGAGUUUCAUCCUGGGAUGCCGUAUCCGCAGCAUUUGACUCGGCCAAAUACCCCUAGCUUUUAUCAGUAUCCACCACGUGGACCUGGUGCGUCACCUGGUCUUCCUGGCCCUCCUGGUCAUGGCUUUGGUGCUUACGGCAAUGUGGAUCCUGUUGUUGGUCGAAGUCCUGGUUUUAAUAAUUAUUUUCCAGGAUGGAGUCCUUACCCCAGGGGUUAUUCGGGGACUGUCCCAAGCCCUAGGACGACGUCGCCUAGUACGAUCCACUCGCAAUCGCAGAAUCUCGUUCCGGAGCCUGGUUACUGUGGGCAAGGAAAUAUUGUUCCUGUUGUCCCUCCAAGUCAUGAUCAGGAACAGGGAUACGGACAACAAACUGGUCAAGUUCAUGAAGGAUUCUACGCACCGAGACGUGACUACAGGAGCCCCUCUAUUGUUGGUCAUAGCGGAUCAGCAGGAAUGCCGUGGUUGAAUGGUGUGCGCCCUCAUUCAUCGGUCAAGCCUAUCUUUUUGGAUUGGAUAGAUGAAAAGGUCAAAGAAGCCUCAAGCUUAAAAGAACCGUCGCACAAUUCGGUUCUUCCAAAGAGUUCAGAUCUUCACAGACUUGUCGAAAAGGUGGAGGAUGUCAUCAGUAAAAUUUUAGCCUUAAAUGGUAUUGAGGAUUUAACUACCGAAACAGAGUGGGGCGUAUGCCCUUCCGAUCCUCAUCAUGUUGUUCCGCUGGGUGCGCUGCAUCGUCAUACACUUCAAUGCCCCUCACAUUUGAUUGGCAAACCCGAGGCUAGCUCCCUUCUUGAUUGUUUACAGUAUCCACGAUCCUUGGAUUUGGGUUCUGCUGAGCCUCUAGUACAUGAUGAAGGGAAUACUGAAAAUUUAUUGAAGAUUUCUCCAGUGAAUGCCAAAGUCCGGAGGUCUAAUCAGAGUGAGAAGUCAGAACGCGGAAGCUUGACAUUAUCCACGACCAAGCAAGAAUUUGAUCCAAAGGGUUCAUUAUUCCUUUACAGAGAUGCUCCAGGUGUUGUUCUGACAUCCGUGGCACAUCAUUCAUCGUCUGGUUCCUAUGAUGUCUUGUCCACUAUGCCUUACUCUCUGAGAAAAGAGUUGGAAAAGUGUGGAUAUACGACCUCAAAGGGGAUGAACAACGAAGAAACGAACCUUCGAAGUGCUGGAACUUCACCUAAAGCGAUCGACAAUGCUGGAGUAGAUAAUUGCCAUGCUGAUGGAGAGUCUUAUUUGAGCUGCGUCAAACUUUUGCCAUCAAUGUUAUGGAAAUUAGAGAUGGAAUUAGGACUUUGGACGGAUAUGCCAUCUCAAUGUUCACGAACGGUGCUCUCCGCUGCAAUAGGAUUGGAGUGGGUGACAAAGGCUUCGAUUGUGGAAUGGUUACUCUUGCACUCGCCUGGUUUUGGGGUGGUCCUAGAUGUUCCAAUGGCUGCUCACAUUUCUUGUCUUGUGCAGAUUUAUUUAAGAGCGUUGAAAACUCAAUCCCUUUCAGUCUUUGAUGAAACUUUUGUCAAGUGUUUACGCAAGGGAGAUGCGUUCACUCUAUCUGACACAAAGGUUGUAGAUUGUGCUAUGUUUUCUGAAGCCAGUACUUGGUUAGCAUCGUGGUUGUCUCAUCUCUAUGGACAUACUAGUAGUAGAGCGAUGGUUGUUGCUAUAUUGAAGCAAUGCCUCAAAUUAAGUGUAAGGUUUUUGUCUAUUGUUCCUCUGGACUUUCACUUGCAACAUAAUGGCUUCAAGUCUAGAAGAGAGAAUGUGAAUGCCGUUGCCCGGUGCGAUGAAGAAUCUGAGGCUUUCACAAAGUGCAGUAAAAUCUCUCUUAAAAGAAACGAAAAUUCACACGUCUAUACGUCAAAUCUGGUGGCUUUCGAGGAUAAGUUGGAUGUGAAGCUGGUUGGUGCUGCGAUGGAUGCCAUUUACGAGAGAGCCAAUUUUGACAGAUAUAUUAAAUCAUGGUUGAGCUUCAACAAUGUCCCGAAACCUCAGUGGAUUGCAAAUUACGAGGUGACUGUAAUGUCUGCAAACAACGAGAGAGCGAAGCGUUCUGAUUACCAUCCUGUUUGUGAGCAUGACGGCCUUACUUGGCAGCGUUCUCAUCAGGAGGAAAAAAGAAAUAAGACAAAAGCCGAGUUACUGGCUGAAGAGCGGGACUACAAGCGGAGGCGGAUGUCAUAUCGCGGAAAGAAACUGAAGCGAACGCCUCUGCAGGUGUUGCAUGAUAUUAUAGAAAACCACAUGACAGAGAUUACGGAAGCGGGAGGUAUAGGAUGUUCCCUCAAACAGCCGUUGCUCACUCCCGUUGAAAGUCAGCAACAGGAGCAAGGAAGCAUUUCAUCGAUGUCCCAUUAUAAGCAUCAAUCUGGAAAUGCUCAACAUUCGAGAAUAGCCGACACUGAAGCAGCUGGUGCUGUGGUGCGGUUUGAUGACGAUAACAAUGAUACCUCAAGCGUUGUGAGAAAUGAGUCCAGAUCUAGGAACUAUGACAGACAUUUCGACGGACGUCAUCAACACGUUCGGAGAUAGCUACACUUUUUUCGGUUUUACCAGUUCGAAUUGGCUGAGUUCUCAAGGCAGAGUAUCUUGGUGUACGAUUCACAAUCCACCAGAUCACGCGUGCUGCUUGCGAAGUGUAUUUAUAAGCCAAGUCUGUACCCAAUCCACCUUCGACAUCAAAUCAGCCCCAUCAUAUGCGCAUGAGUCAGGGUGAAUUGGUUUCAUAUGUUGAUUUUAAGCCCAAGUAGACACAUAACACGAAAAGUUGAGUCCAUUCUUCAAGCAACCUGGGUUGCGAAAAUUGGUAAAAAUUGAUAACAGCGAAGCAAUUUACAUGAUUUACAGCACAUUGUUUUCUACGAGAUGGUGACUUACGGGAUAGGUGUGAGCAAUAGGACUAAAACUUACAUGGUUCAGUGACAGGUCCUGGAACAUGACUGAGCUUCACCAGGAGGACAAAUGCUUUAGGUGCAAAUGGGUUUUUCAGCUGGAAUAUCAGCAAAAGCAUUUGUAUCAGCAGGACUUCAUUAGUGUUUAUCAAAGAUGAGGAGGCACAUGGCGCAUAUGGUACGAUUGGGAAUGUCGACAUGGAGAAGCAUACUGCAUUUGUAUCCUUGUCCGUAUCCUCGAUAAGAACUGUGAUGCAAGAUCAUCACUAGUGAUGAAAACUUAUUCCUCUACAUAGCACUUCUGACUAGAUCUUUGAUAAUGGCCUGAAGCACUAGAAAUUUUGUCUACUGUUGCAUGAUUGGAAUUCUGACAAUGAUGUAUGUGUUGCUAUUAAUUGGCCUGUUGAAGUUCAUCUAGUUUUGUCUUGUAAUGAAAGCAAGGUCCUCACGAUCAUAUUUAAUGUAUCAUUUUCCAGAAUGUUUGGACGGUCGUCUAUCUCUAGCUUUCCUGAUAAAGUAUUGUGAUAGAAUAUAGAUUUUAAUUUACCCGGAAUGAUCUGCUUUGGAUCUUCUGUUUAUGGAAAGAAUUAACUACAGAAUCAACCUAGUUGAUACGUUCAUCAACUGGGAUGAGAUAGGUUCAGAGAGGACUAACUGAAUGGGCAACCUACAAAUAAUCCAAGUGAACAUGUCUUUGUUUAUCUAUACAUCGAAAUAUUAGAGCUUGCAUAAUAAAUUGUCUUUAGUGGAGA